UGUUCGUUUUUGAAAAUCAACAUAUUCUGUAUUAACAACAUUGAAUCUAAAAUAAAUUACUAUAAAAUAGUGAAUAAAUCCUCACAGAUAAUGUUUUCUUUAUACAAAAGUUAUCUGACUGAAGAUUCAAAUAGUUUUACCUAUUGGAACAUAGUAAACGAAAUUUAAAACAGCUAUUACUCUUAUUAGUAAUUUGAAGAUAUAAUGAUUGGAAUGUAUGAUACCUAUGAAGAAGCAAUGGAUAUGGAAGAAGAUGAUCAAUACACUGAAAGUACAUGGACUUACAUUUUUAUGUGUGGUGAACCUACUAUAUAUGAAGGAUUAAGAUUCGCUAAAGAUCUAAUCAUCGCCAAUAUACUUCUUCGUUUAAUCAUACAAUCUGUAGUACUUCCUCAUAAUGUUCGCCAUAGCUUAUCUCUAGUUAUUGGAAGUUUUCUUCUUUAUUACAGUAUUGGACCAGCAUUUAUAUGGACAGUGGGAUUGGCAACUGGUGCCUAUAUUUUGAUAAUUUUACUGUCCUGUAUAAUGAAAAAAUUUAGGGGUUUAAUAACUUCACUUUCAGUAAUUGCAUUUCUAUUGGCAUGUGAAGUUUAUGUUUUAAAUCCAAAAAUGUGGCAGCAAAUAAGAGGAGUCCAGAUGAUUGCGGCAAUGAAAAUUAUAUCUGUAGCAAUAGAGUUAGACCGAGACCUUUAUAAGUGUAUGUUAAAUCCUGUGGAAUUUGGAGGGUAUGUGUUAUGUCCAGCUAAUUGUAUAUUAGGUCCGUGGAUAUCAUUCCAUACAUAUAAUCAAUAUUUAGAAGUAAAGUUUUUAAGUAAAAGAUGGUUUAAAAUAAUUUUCAUCAAUCUUUUUAUAUCUAUGCUGUUUUUAGUUUUAUCUAAUUGUGUCGUGCCCUGGUAUAUUGAUGAAGAAACAACAAAGUGGCUUGUAGCAUAUCGUGAUGCCCAAGCCUUCAGAAUGUCCCAUUACUUUGUAUCAAGCUUGUCAGUAGUGUCAAUGAUUAGUGCUGGUUUUGGUCUUACUAACGAUUGUCAUUCAGAAUUGCAUGUCACUAAACCAAUUUUUAUUGAAUUACCAAGAUCUCUAGUCCAAGUUGUAAUAUAUUGGAAUAUGCCAAUGCACCAAUGGUUGAAAAACUAUGUAUUCAAAACAUGUCAGGUCUAUGGGCAAUUUACAGCCAUACUUGUCACUUAUGCUGUUUCUUCAUUACUUCAUGGAUUGAAUUUCCAAUUAUCAGCAGUGCUUUUAAGUAUAGGGACCUUCUCUUAUGUAGAAUAUAAUUUUAGAAGUAAAGUAGCAUUAGCCCUAGAAGUAUGUUGUUUAGCCAAUCCUUGUGUAAAACAGUGUGACCACAAAUAUAAGAAGAACAGUGUAUUGACUAUAUUUAUUAAUGCUUUAUUUUCUUUGAUAACUGUUAUUCAUCUUGCUUACUUAGGAGUAAUGUUUGAAGCAUCUUUUUCUGUUCAAGAAUCUGGUUAUUCAUUUUACCACACUAUAAGCAAAUGGGAGAAUCUCAAUUAUUUCAGUCAUGGUUUUGUAGCUUUCAUGUAUAUAAUUUACAUAAUGAUGUAAUGUGAUAUAUAGUGUGUAGGUUAUAAUUAAUUUUAUUAAUCAAUUUCAAACUUGUGCCAUUAACUAUAUUUAAGUAUUUAAUUAUUUUAUAUACAGUAAAUUUGUGAUCUCAUGUCUUAUCCAGUUCCAAUAUAUUAAUAAAAGCUUCCACAGACAUCAGUAUUUAUAAAUAAUAAUAAUUAAGGUAAACAAAUACUGUUUACCUAUUUUAUUCCUGUACUACUAUUCAUGUGAGGGUGUUACCCUGAAGUGUUAAUGUCAAGAGUUUUUAGAUUUUAUUAAAAGCACUACUUAAUUUUAUGAAUACAUUCUGUGAUAGACUAUUAAAUUAAAUUGCACAAUUAGAUGUAGGUAUAUAGAUUUUUAUAUUUAUAACAUCUUUAAUCUAGAUAUUAGUAAGAAAUUUUUAAUAUUACUAUUAUUAAUUAUGUAGUUAUGUACAAUACAAUGAAAUAAAAAACCUUUACUACAGUAUAUUUAUAAAUAGAAGUAUGCAGUCUGGGUUAACCUUUACUUGAUAGUAGACCAUUUUUUUUUCUCAUUUGCUCGAUUGUAAAAAUACUAGCUCUAUACCUAGUUACAAAAUGUAAUGUGCCCAUAAAGUAUGAUAUACUUCUUACUGUAGUGAUGGAGUAAGAAUAUAAAUAUCACCAGUGGCAUAAAUAUACCAUCUGGGACUCAUUAUUAUAUAUCAGCAAAUUCAUAGGGUAGGAUUCUCUCAUUGUAUAAAAAAGAUUCAAAGAAUUGGAUAGAAUAACCAAGUUGCAUACCUUUUCUUUGUCUUGACAGCUUAUUCAGUCUAAUUUGUGUAUAUUUUUAAGUUAAUAUUGUAAUCAUUAAUUUUUUUACUAAUUUGUGUAAUAAAUUAAUAUAAAAUUCUACCCAUGUUCGCAACAUAUUGGACCAGGGUUCUCCUCAGUCUGGGAGCCUAUGGUAUGUUAUUCACACUGCCACCUUAUUGUUACACUACUGAAUAUAAUAAUGAUAAUAAAUUUGGCAUAGCCCAUCCUCACUACAGAUAUCCAUUGAAGGAGCUGUAACAACAGCAGUAUAAUAAUAUUUCUUUUCUUAAAACUUGUAAUAAAAUUUUAUUUGAGGCAUCUGAUCAGAAUGGUAAUGGUAGGCUAUAUAAAGAGUCCUGUGCCUAGUAGUGUGACAAUAAUGGUUUAUUAAGGUACAGCAUCUUCAACAAUAUAAAUUAUUUAUAAAUGUAAUGCUAAUAAAGUAUUAAAAGAAUGGUUUGGUAAAUAAAUAAUGGUUUACUGAGCUGCUUGUUAUAUUCUAUUAUAUUCAAAUUAUCAAACCACUUCAAUAAA